CGCCUGCGUGCGGGGGGUGCCCGCGCGCGCUCCGCACCGAGCUCCCCGGCGCUGCCAGCCUCGCCUCCGCCGCCCCGGCGGCUCCGCGCAGCGCCCGCGCAGCGGGUCGGCUUCUGCAUGGGCUGCCACCAUGCUUGGGCCCUGGAGAUUUCGGGCGAAGCUAGUUUUGCAGAACACUGGGAGUAAGCGCUAUGUCAGAUAUGGAUGAGACUGCGAAGAUGACCUGCAUGUUUUACAUUUUUCACAAAUUUUGGGAAAUAAAAUGUAUGCUUGCUGCUCUACAGUAACUUUGGAACAGGACCUCAACAAAAAAAUGCAUAUCUGGAUGCUGCAGACGAUCGCAUUUACUUUAACAUCCCUAGUCCUUUCCUGGGCAGAAAGCAUCGAGUAUUAUGGGGAAAUCUGUGAUAAUGCGUGUCCUUGUGAGGAGAAGGACAGCAUCUUAACAGUGAGCUGUGAAAACAGAGGGAUCAUCAGCCUAUUUGAGAUCAGUCCACCAAGGUUCCCUGUUUACCACCUCUUGUUGUCUGGGAACCUUUUGAACAGGCUUUAUCCAAACCAGUUUGUCAAUUACACGGGGGCUUCGAUUUUGCAUCUGGGGAGCAAUGACAUACAAGACAUCGAAACGGGGGCCUUUCAUGGUCUGAGAGGUUUAAGGAGGCUGCACUUGAACAAUAACAAGUUGGAACUUUUACGGGAUGACACUUUCCUUGGGCUAGAGAGUUUGGAAUAUCUACAGGUCGAUUAUAAUUACAUUAGCAUCAUUGAACCCAACGCCUUCAGCAAACUGCAUUUGUUGCAGGUGCUGAUUCUCAAUGAUAACCUCCUCUCCAGUUUGCCCAACAACCUUUUCCGUUUUGUGCCCUUAACACACCUGGACCUGAGGGGUAACCGGCUGAAGCUGUUGCCCUAUGUGGGCCUGCUGCAGCACAUGGAUAAAGUGGUGGAGCUGCAGCUGGAGGAAAACCCCUGGAAUUGCUCUUGUGAGUUGAUUGCUCUAAAGGAUUGGCUGGACAGUAUCUCAUACUCUGCUCUGGUGGGAGAUGUGGUUUGCGAGACCCCUUUCCGCUUACAUGGUCGAGACUUGGAUGAAGUCUCUAAGCAGGAGCUUUGCCCCAGGAGGCUCAUCUCUGAUUAUGAAAUGAGACCUCAGACACCACUGAGCACUACAGGGUAUUUCCACACUACCCCGGCCUCAGUCAACUCUGUGGCCACUUCUUCUUCAGCUGUUUACAAAUCUCCCUUGAAGCCCCCCAAAGGGACCCGCCAACCCAACAAGACAAGGGUGCGCCCCACCUCCCGCCUGCCCUCAAAAGACCUGGGAUACAGCAACUAUGGCCCCAGCAUUGCCUACCAGACCAAAUCCCCGGUGCCUUUGGAGUGCCCCACUGCCUGCACUUGCAACUUACAGAUUUCUGACUUGGGCCUCAAUGUCAAUUGUCAGGAGAGGAAGAUUGAGAGCAUUUCUGAACUGCAGCCCAAACCCUAUAAUCCUAAGAAGAUGUAUUUGACGGAAAACUACAUUGCGCUGGUACGCAGGGCAGAUUUUGUGGAUGCCACUGGGCUGGAUUUGCUGCAUCUGGGCAAUAAUCGGAUCUCGGUCAUUCAGGACCGGGCUUUUGGGGAUUUAACUAAUUUGCGAAGGCUGUACCUGAAUGGGAACCGGAUCGAGCGGCUGAGCCCAGAGCUAUUCUAUGGGCUUCAAAGCCUGCAGUACCUCUUCCUGCAGUACAACGUCAUCCGGGAGAUAGAGGCAGGCACCUUUGAAUCUGUCCCCAACCUUCAGCUCUUGUUUUUGAACAACAAUCUGCUGAGGUCUUUGCCAGGGAACAUUUUUUCUGGUCUGUCUCUCUACAGGCUGAGCCUGCGGAGCAACCACUUCUCCUACCUGCCGGUGAGCGGGGUGCUGGACCAGCUGAAAUCCCUGCUGCAGAUCGACCUGCACGAGAACCCCUGGGACUGCACCUGCGACGUGGUGGGCAUGAAGCUGUGGCUGGAACAGCUCAACACCGGCGUCCUGGUGGACCAGGUUAUCUGCGAGUCCCCUAAGAAAUUUGCCCAGAGCGACAUGCGGGCCGUCCGGGCGGAGCUGCUGUGCCCCGACUACUCGGACAUCGUCGUCUCCACGCCCACGCCGUCCCCGGGCCAGCUGCCGGCCAGGACCACCCCCUCCUCCUCCACCGUGCGCCUCAAUGGCACGGCGGCGGCGGCGGGCGGCUCCGCGCCCGCGGGCGGCGCCGGCGGCGGCAGCUCCUCGGUGCCGCUCUCGGUGCUCAUCCUCAGCCUGCUGCUCGUCUUCAUCAUGUCCGUCUUUGUGGCGGCGGGGCUCUUCGUCCUGGUGAUGAAGCGGCGCAAGAAGGGCCAGGGCGACCACGCCAGCGCCAACAACUCCGACGUGAGCUCCUUCAACAUGCAGUACAGCGUCUACAGCGGCGGCGGCCACCACCACCACCCCCACCUCCAGCAGCAUCCUCCCCACCGCGGCGGCGGCGGCGGCGGCGGCGGGGGCGCGGCGCUGCCCAAGGUGAAGACCCCCGCCGGCCACGUCUACGAGUACAUCCCGCACCCCCUGGGCCACAUGUGCAAGAACCCCAUCUACCGCUCCCGGGAAGGCAACUCGGGCGAGGAUUACAAAGACCUUCACGAGCUCAAGGUCACCUACAGCAGCCACCCCCUGCCACCCGGGGGCGGCGCGCCGCCGCCCCCGCCACCUCCGGCGCCCGGCGGGGAGGAUGCGCCGGCGCGCAGCCCCGCGUACAGCGUGAGCACCAUCGAGCCGCGGGAAGAGCUGCUCUCGCCGGUGCAAGACGCCGAUCGCUUUUACAGGGGCAUUUUGGAGCCCGACAAACACUCCCCCUCCACGCUGGGUACACCCGGCUCCACCCUCCCUGACUACCCCAAGCUCCCCGCCGCCUACACGUACUCCCCCAACUAUGACCUUAGGCGUGCCCACCAGUACUUGCACCCGGGGCCGGGGGACGCCAGGCUCCGGGAGACGGUGCUCUACAGCCCCCCGAGUACUGUCUAUGUAGAGCCCAACAGGAACGAGUAUCUGGAGCUAAAAGCAAAACUAAAUGCAGAGCCGGACUACCUCGAAGUGCUGGAAAAACAGACCACAUUCAGCCAGUUCUGAGAAACAGCCCCCCCGCCCCCCGUCCCCUCGCCAGUCUCAGCAGCUCCUUCUCUAGAGUAUUUGUAUUUAACAACCACACGCAAAACAAAGAAACGUAAAUGCUGACCUCCCUACACACACACACCUCGCUCCCCUCCUCUUUUCUCCCCUUUAAUUCAUUUUAUUGUAGGGUGAAGUGCCUUGGCACAGGACUUUUCAGCUUCGGGGAAUGGUUCUGAAAGGGUGUGCUGUUCAGUUUGGUUUGGUUUUGUUUUGUUGUUUUUUUUUUUUUUUUCUGUUACUGCAUUUGGAAGUCGGAAACCACCUAUUUGUAAAAUGGGCACAACACUGGCAUUGUGCGGGUGUCCAUGUGUCUUUGGGGAAGGUGGCUGGAGGUUUCAGAGGUUUCUUAGGUUCUUGUCAGGUCACAUUCAGGUCAUGCUUUUUUGGGGGGGUUUAUUUUCCUUGCUUUUUUUUUACUUUUUUUUUUUUUUCAGACAUUUUUUUUUUUUUUUUUUUUUGUGGUUGUAGAGUACGGCGCACAUUUUCCCCUUUUAGCCAUGCGUGAGUCUAAAUGGCUUUUAUGGAGAGAUUAGCACACCCCGACUUUAAUACAAGGUUUCCUUUUUUUAAGGAUGUGUUUGUAUACUUUCUGGACUUUUGAAUUAAAAAAAAUAUAUAUUAUGAUCUUUAAAGGGAUCACUGUAGAUGUGGACAAAUCAUUAAAGAGUGCAGAGAUAUAUGAUCCAUAACUGGUUAGUGAAAAUAACUUAUUGAUGAAAUAUAAAAAAAUAUUUUAUUGUAGCACCUAUUUUUAUAUGCACAUUAGCAUUUCUCUUUCCUUCACUAUUUUAGGGCCUAAUCUUGCAAAUUUUUAACUCAUUUGAGUAUCUCUGUUUCUGAAAGAAGUCCCAGCUUAGGCCUUCAUCCUGCAGGCACUUAAGCACAUGAACAGCUUUACCAAUGCGUGUAGUUCUGGAGACUCACUCAUUGAGCAAAGUUUGUCAAAAGCCCAAAAAAUUAGGAUAGAGUAUACAGAAUUCUUACAAGUAAAAUUAUUGGAAUGUUUGACUGUUUCUUUCUUUCUUUUUUUUUUUUUUUUUUUCAGGAUGGGGUCCAAAGGUUGUGGAUUGCUUUAAAGUAUUGCACUACAGUGAGAGCUUUUCUCCCAAAUAUGAUAUAGUAUCAGAAAGAACUUUUAAAUCUCUAUAGAUAAUGCCAGUUAUGACCAAAUCUUAACAGACAAUCUGAGAUAUAAAAUCUGAUCACAGUAGGAAAAAAAUCAUGUUUCUCUAUUGAAAAAAAGGUGUCUUUUAGCAACCUCCUGCUCAGGAGUCUGGUUGGGCAAACUAGUGAGGGAAAUGUAGAAGGCAUUCAAAGUUUCAUUUUUGAUUUGUUGGUUUCAUUCUUUUCUUUUUUCUUUUAAAUCUUGUAUUAGUUAACCAAAAUACAAUGAUUCUGCAACUGUUGUAGCCAGUUUUUGAUUGUUCAGUCAAGUAUAAUUGCACUUGUACAGAUCCACAUGUUUACUGGCAUCCUGAAAGACCAAAUGAUGGACUGUACACAUCUCUAUAAAAUGUCUUUACCCCUUUGGGCAGCAGGCAAUGGCAAGGAUAUUCAUAAACACAGCAUCACUGUAAGAUGGGACAACUGAUGUCUCAUAUGUAUCCCAGCACAUGUGAUUUUUUAAUAGUUUCUGAAUAAACACUUGGUAAAUAUUUCAAAUAUAAGAUCCUGAAGUAAUGAGUAUCUGAACUUUAAAAAUUUCUGGCCAAAAUAAUCUGUUUGUACAUUGGAUUCUCUUUACUAGCAAUUAAGGCUCAUCAAAAAGAUCUAACAUUUCUAGGCAAAAUAUAAUGUGUUCUCUGUUUUCGAAACAUGACAUGUGGUAAUUACCAGCAUAUAUAACGUGGGUCAGAAAGCAACACAGGAGUAUAUGUUUCAACAACAUAUUGAAGAUGAAUAGUUUUAUACUUACAAUUUGUUUCCUUACUGAGGUGUUCUCUAAUAUAUGGAACAGGGUAAGUGAUAUUUCACAUGUGUUUUCUUUUUUCAUUAGGUUAUUAUAUUUAAUACUGUUUCCAGAGUUGCUCACUAGUACAUCUUUUAUUGCAAAAGGGCUCUGUUCUAUUCUGCUUUUCCUACCCAUGUACAAUCUGUCACUUUCUACAAAAACAAAGCUGUAUAACUGGUCUGUUGGAAUUCAAGAAAAAUGUUUUCUUGGCGUGUGUUCUUCCCUCUAUGCCACCCACACUGAGCAAAAGCAAAAAAAACCAAAAAAUAAGCAUGACUGUAUUUAGCUUGGACAGUUUAGUAAGUGCAGUGUUAUUUCAGUUUGAAAUGCAGAGUUGAGGAGUGUUCUUUUGUCACAAGAGACAUAACAAAUGGCUAUUCUGUUCUCUGCUCUCCAUCUCCUGCAGACUUCCCAUUGACACCAGUGAGAGAUGUGUGUGUGGCUGCCUGAGUGCUGUUUUGGACUCCUAACUUUGAAUUGCUGCCUUUAUAACUAUUGCUGAAACCAGUGGCCUGGUUCUUCUUCCAUUUCAGCUCAGUAGAGGCAUGCUGUUGUUAAAUGGGUAUAAGUAAGAAAAUUUUCAGCCUCGCUGACUUUGCCAGAGAAAGGCUAGCUCAGAAAGGAUUGAAGGAGAAACCCUGUGUCUGUUCAUGUGUAUAUAUAUCUUUCCUGUGUGAUUCUAAACUCAUGUUUAUGAGUUUGCAUAGGUGUCAGUACAAACAUCGGAUGAGGUCCUUGGUGUGAAAGGUACAUUUUGCAUGGCAUUCUGCCACAAAGAGGCAGCAUCCGCAAAUGAGUAAAUGAGCAGGAAUUGCUUGGAUUUGUAAGAAAUAGCUGAAAGAAAUCCCUUGACAUUCUGUUUAUGUUGAAAUUCUGACAACUGCCAUUUCUGAGGUCGGUAGUACUUCUGCUUCCGUGUGUUCUAUAUGUAUUUAAUAACUGCUAAUGAAGGAUUUUUCUAAUGGUCUACACUACAACCAGAACAAUUAAUCUAAAUCUUUUUGACAACUCACCUGUAGUAGAAAAAAAAAACAUGUUAUCACUUGUGUUACUGGAGAAAAAGAUUAAAUGCCAUCAAUUAUCUACAGAAAGUGCAUUCCUGAAGAUAAAUCCUUGAAAAAUAAUACAGAAUGAAAAAUAAUUUUCUUUAGUCACUAAUCAUCCUGAAAUAUAUCUGAAAGGGGUAUUUGUGAAUGAGGACUUCGCUAGAAGUAGGAGUUCCCACUCAAUGGCUAAAAUGAUAUAUCAUCUGUGGAUAAUUAUUGUAAGAAAAAGUAAAUAGGAGUAGAAAUUGGCAAAGGGAGAUGUGCCUCUGAUUCAAAAGAAGAUAAGCAAUAAAAUAAUUUGUUUCAAGAAAAAGCCCACCCUAUUUUGAGAAUUCUGAAUAUUUUAUUAGGUUGGUUAUCAGACUGGUUUAGGUCAGUUAUUAAAAUGAUACUCCCCUUUUUUUUUUUUUUUCUUUUUUUUGUGUUUUGAUAAGUAAUGUUGAGCAUAUUGAAUCACUCUUGUGGCCUCAUAAUUUAUUUCAAAAGUGCAUAAGUGCAUGAAUCUC